GCUCUGAGGAGUUGGAGUGGCUUCGGGGUGACCACCGCGGGUGCAUGCAGUAUCCCCGCCGCACGGCGGGCUGUCAGCAGCACCGUCCCCCCGGCCUCUCGAACUGCCCGGAACCUCGUGCCCUUCCAGUCGCCUUCCCCAGGUUUUCAACUACUGAUGCUACAAACAAUAAAAUACUGGAGUAUACAAUUGAGGAAAAGACUUAAACCAGAUUUUUCUUCGAUCAGUUAGAAAGUAUGGAGCCUGAUACAGUGGCACCGCAGCCCAUCAGAGUGACACCUGUUCAGCAGAUGCUUGCCUCCUGUACAGGAGCUGUGUUGACCUCCCUAAUGGUGACACCCCUGGAUGUAGUUAAAAUUCGGCUCCAAGCUCAACAUAAUCCAUUCCCCAAAGGAAAAUGUUUCGUGUACAGUAAUGGCCUCAUGGAUCACGUGUGCGUCUGUGAAGAGGGAGGCAACAAAGUGUGGUAUAAGAAGCCAGGCAACUUCCGGGGGACAAUGGAUGCCUUCUUAAAAAUCAUUCGAAAUGAGGGAAUUAAAUCACUGUGGAGUGGGCUUCCCCCUACCCUAGUGAUGGCGGUUCCUGCUACAGUUAUUUAUUUUACCUGCUAUGAUCAGUUAACUGCUGUUCUGAAGUCUAAACUAGGAGAAAAUAAAACCUCCAUUCCAAUUUUUGCUGGAAUUAUAGCCAGAUUUGGUGCAGUCACUGUGAUAAGUCCCUUGGAAUUGAUUAGAACCAAGAUGCAGUCUAAGAAGUUUUCUUACAAGGAGCUGCAUCGCUUUGUCAGCAAGAAGGUGUCUGAGGAUGGCUGGAUUUCCCUUUGGAAGGGCUGGGUGCCCACAGUUCUCAGAGAUGUACCUUUCUCAGCACUGUACUGGUAUAACUACGAAAUUUUAAAGAAAUGGUUGUGUGAGAAAUCUGGUUCAUAUGAACCAACGUUUAUGAUCAACUUUACUUCAGGGGCAUUGUCUGGUUCUUUUGCAGCUAUUGUAACUUUACCAUUUGAUGUCGUAAAAACUCAAAAGCAGACACAACUUUGGACACAUGAAACUCAUAAAGUUCCUGUGCCUUUGCAAAUGUCAACUUGGGUUAUAAUGAAGAACAUCGUUGCAAAAAAUGGAGUUUCUGGAUUAUUUGCAGGCCUGACACCUCGCUUGAUUAAAAUAGCCCCUGCCUGCGCUGUUAUGAUCAGCACGUAUGAAUUGGGAAAGGCUUUUUUCCACAAACAGAACACUCGAAGGCAGCAGUAGUAGCGAUGCUGCACCUGGGGAGAGCACCCAGCGCCCAGCGAGGUGGACGCUCCUGGGAAAGGACUUUGGCCACAGUUAUGUCUUUACAAUGAUUUUUUUUCUUUCCUGGCAUUUAAAUGAUAAUUUUUAAUCUACCUAUAUAUUUAAAAAUAAAUUAUAUCCUAUUUUUGGAGGUAGUUAAAAAGCUAUCCCAGAAAUCACAAUCACUGGGUAUUUCUCAUAAAAAAAGGGAUUAUUCUUUCGCAUUGAAAGCAGUGUAUGAGAAUUUAAUAUACGUAUUUAAUGGCUUUUUUAGGAUAAUUGAAUCACAUUGGGAGUGGGUCAGACACAUCAGAGCUUUUUUGAAUUACAUGCAAAUGAUGGACAGAGUCUAGAAGGAAAAGCCCAAAUCUUAUGCACAUUUAAAUUAUGUAUGUGGGCAUUUCAAUGGAUAAUACAAGGCAGCCAUUAAAUAAAUCAUUCUUGU